ACUUUGGUGCACGCGUUCUGCCGGCUCGGGGCGUUUUUGCGCUGCCUAAAUUGAACUCCUGCGAGGCUCCGCGCUCAGAGAGCAGCUCGCGGGCUGCGGCGAUCUGUCUCUUUAAGUUGGUGUCAAAGCCGAUUAGCGCUGAUGUCCGCCGUGAUUCUGUUUUUACCGUCUGUUGACUGAGUCUAUUUCUGUGUGCUGUUGUUGGCGGUACUACACACCGUCGUUUUCCUCAUUUUUUUAACCACCUGGACAAAAACACACUGGCUUGCUAGGUCAUGUCCGAACUUUGCAGCAUGGAGAUGUGUUGAAGCGGUGCUGCUUUUCAACGGUUCAGCUUGACGGGGCAGAUCACACUGGAGCCUGUAUUUGACAGUCUGGUAAGAGUGAUGCACUCUCCAACUUUUUAUGCCAUGGCAAGCCUGGAUUACCUUUUUCUGCAGAUGAGAUGUUAACCACUUUCUCUUCAGUAUCCAUCCGGUAAAGAUAACGGUAGCGAUAUCGAGGAUCCGUGAUGUGAUACAUAUGUUUGCUCUUUGAAGUUGGGAUCAAAAUAAGAACAGGACUCAGUGUAAACAUAAUGCAGAAGAGCGUGCGGUACAAUGAGGGCCACGCUCUGUAUCUGUCAGUGGUUGCGCGCAAAGAGGGGACCAAGCGCGGCUAUCUGAGCAAGAAGACCACAGAGAACAGCCGCUGGGCUGAGAAGUACUUCGCCCUCUACCAGAAUGUGCUCUUCUACUUCGAGAACGACCAGAGCGCAAGGCCCUCAGGUAUAUACCUGCUGGAGGGAUGCACGUGCGAGAGGGCACCGGCGCCCAAAGUGUCCGCCAUCAGCAAGGAUGCCAUUGAGAAGCAGCAGUACUACUUCAUGGUCAAUUUUGGCCACGAUGGGCAGAAACCUCUAGAGAUGCGAGCAGAGGAUGAGUUGGACUGCAACGAAUGGGUGGAGGGCAUCCAGCAGGCCAGCUACUCUGACAUCAUCAUUGAACGUGACAUCCUGAUGCAGAAGUACAUCCAUCUGGUCCAGAUCAUGGAGACUGAGAAGGUUGCAGCCAAUCAGCUUCGUACUCAGCUGGAGGACCAGGACACAGAGAUUGAGAGGCUCAAAGCUGAGAUUACAGUAUUGAACAAAGCCAAGGAAAGGAUGCAGCCAUACCAGAACAACCAAGAUGAGGAAGACCCUGAUAUUAAAAAAAUUAAAAUGGUGCAGAGUUUCAUGCGUGGCUGGCUGUGUCGGAGGAAGUGGAAAAUCAUUGUCCAGGACUAUAUCUGCUCCCCUCACGCUGAGAGCAUGAGGAAGAGGAACCAUAUUGUGUUCAACAUGGUGGAAGCAGAGACAGAAUACGUGCACCAGCUUUCCAUCCUGGUGAAUUGCUUCCUUAGGCCGCUCCGCAUGGCCGCCAGUUCCAAGAAACCUCCCAUUCGCCAUGAUGAUGUUAGCAGCAUCUUCCUCAACAGUGAGACCAUCAUGUUUCUGCAUGAAAUCUUCCAUCAAGGCCUGAAGGCCCGAAUUGCCAACUGGCCCACUCUAGUUCUGGCGGACCUGUUUGACAUUCUACUGCCCAUGCUGAACAUUUACCAGGAGUUUGUGCGUAACCACCAGUACAGUCUUCAAGUGCUGGCAAACUGUAAACAGAACAGAGACUUUGACAAGCUGCUGAAACAGUAUGAAUCCAACGCAGCCUGUGAGGGUCGGAUGCUGGAGACAUUCCUCACUUAUCCAAUGCUCCAGAUUCCCCGUUACAUCAGAACUCUCCACGAGCUGCUGGCGCACACACCUCAUGAGCAUGUGGAGCGCAAGAGUCUGGAGUUUGCCAAAUCCAAACUGGAGGAACUGUCAAAGAUGAUACAUGAUGAAGUCAGCGACACAGAGAACAUCAGGAAGAAUCUGGCCAUUGAAAGGAUGAUUGUAGAGGGCUGUGACAUCCUUUUAGACACAAGUCAAACUUUCGUCAGACAAGGUUCUCUCAUCCAUUUACCAUCCAGCAGUGAACGGGGUGUUCUCAGUAAGGUGCGCCUGGGCUCUCUCUCACUGAAGAAGGAAGGAGAGAGACAAUGUUUUCUCUUCACCAAACACUUCCUCAUCUGUACCCGAACAUCGGGAGGGAAGCUUCACUUGCUCAAGCAGGGAGGAAUGUUGUCCCUGAUCGAGUGUACUCUGAUUGAGGAACUGGAUGCCACUGAUGAAGACCCAAGUCAAGGAUUUAACCAUCUGGAGUUUAAAAUUGUGGUUGAGCCUCCUGACGGUCAGUCCUUCUGCAUUGUUCUCCUGGCUCCUUCCCGCCAGGAGAAAGCUGCCUGGACAAGUGAUAUCAGCCAGUGCAUUGAUAAUAUCCGAUGCAACGGCCUGAUGACAAGCGUGUUUGAGGAAAAUUCCAAAGUUUCUGUGCCACACAUGAUCAAGUCUGAUGCUCGACUGCAUAAAGACGAUGUCGACAUUUGCUUCUCGAAAACGCUCAACUCCUGCAAAGUCCCGCAAAUCCGAUACGCCAGUGUGGAGCGCUUGCUAGAGCGUCUGACAGACCUGCGCUUCCUCUCCAUAGAUUUCCUCAAUACAUUCCUCCACACUUAUAGGAUCUUCACCACAGCUACUGUGGUCAUCGACAAGCUGGCUGACAUCUAUAAGAAGCCGUUCACCUCCAUACCUGUAAGGAUUGAGCAACAUUCAUGUGACCGUCUGUCCAUCAUGUCACUCUGUCCUGACUACAGUCUGAAGAUCACACAGCUUGCACUGGACCAGUCCAAAUCCCUGGAGCUCUUCUUUGCAACCAACCAGGGCAUGUGGGGAACUGACCCUUUGAACAACAAAUCCCCAAGGCUGUGCCGCAAGUUUUCCUCUCCUCCUCCUCUAUCCAUCCCCUCUCGUACCGGUUCCCCUGUGCAUUGCCGAAAGCUCUCCCUGAACUCCCCUAUCAGUGUGAAAACAGGAGCCCUAGACCUGUCCACCACCCGUUCCUCUUCUGCAGCCAACUCCCCAACCUCUAGUCACAGCCCAUCCAUCGCCUCUCCUCCACCUGGCUCUACCAGGGCGCCCUCUGGCUUUUCCUCCCCUCCACCCACCGCCACAAGGUCUCCUAGCCUCCCCCAGGCCUCUGGGGUAUCCUCGCCACCCCCUGUCUCCACCAAGGCACCGCUGGAUCUCAGCCGUGGUCCUAGUUCCCCAGAGCUGAGUCCAGCUGCAGGGGAGGAUGCCAGUGGAGAGCUGCCUCGCAUUGAUGCCUUCUGUGGGAAGCUGAGGCGCAGCUUCCGGAGGGCUGUCCUGGAGUCAGUAUCCUUGGACAAAUUCAUUCCUGAGUCACCAGCUACCAGUGAGCCAGGUGACACGUCCCCCUGCCGCUCGCCUUCAACACCGAGGCAUCUCCGCUACCGUCAGUCGGGAGUUACAUCAGGGGAGACCUCUCGCUGCUCUAUGUCACCAGCUUCAGCUUUUGCAAUUGCCACUGCUGCUGCUGGGCAUAGCAGCUCCCAGGGUUUUAACAGUUCUGAGAAAGCCUGUGACAAAGAAUUCAUCAUCCGCAGAGCUGCUACUAACAGAGUUCUCAAUGUGCUGCGCCACUGGGUUUCUAAGCAUUCCCAGGACUUUGAAAUGAACAGUGAGCUGAAGGUGGCCGUGAUCAGUCUACUGGAAGAGGUGUUGCGAGAUCCAGAUCUGCUGCCGCAAGAGAGGAAAGCUACAACAAACAUAUUAAGUGCACUUUCUCAAGAAGAACAAGAUGAUGCUCAGCUCAGAAUGGAGGACAUAUUACAAAUGAAGAGCUGCCCGCUUCUACACUUCAUUGUGGCGGAGAGUCCUAAAUCAGAGUGUUUUGAGUCCCUCUCAGCCAUAGAACUAGCAGAACAGAUCACCCUGCUGGAUCACAUUGUAUUCAGGAGUAUUCCUUAUGAGGAGUUCCUAGGUCAGGGCUUUAUGAAGCUGGAUAAAACAGAGAGGACUCCAUACAUCAUGAAGACCACCCAGCACUUUAAUGAUAUGAGUAACCUGGUAGCAUCUCAGAUAAUGACCCAUACUGAUGUGGCCUCCAGAGCCAGCUCCAUUGAGAAGUGGCUGGCAGUGGCUGACAUCUGUCGCUGCCUCAAUAACUACAACGGAGUACUGGAGAUCAAUGCUGCACUCGAAGGCAGUGCCAUCUACAGGCUUAAAAAGACCUGGGCAAAAGUCUGCAAACAGACAAAGGGACUGAGGGACAGACUUCAGAAGAUUGUGUCAUCAGAGGGACGGUUCAAGAACCUCAGAGAGACACUGAAAAACUGUAAUCCGCCAUGUGUCCCUUACCUGGGCAUGUACCUCACCGACCUGGCCUGCAUUGAGGAGGGGACACCCAACUUUACAGAGGAGGGCCUUGUUAACUUCUCUAAGAUGAGGAUGAUUUCUCAUAUCAUCCGGGAGAUCCGUCAGUUCCAGCAAACACCCUACAGGAUAGAGCACCAACCAAAGGUGACUCAGUUCCUGCUGGAUAAAAGCCUAGUGAUUGAUGAAGAUACCCUUUAUGAACUCUCACUCAAGAUUGAACCCCGACUGCCACCUGGCUAAUUGCAUCUUAUAAACAGACAUAUAUAUACAAUUUCUAGCUCAGAGCAACACAUUCAUUCAUUCAUUACACAGCAGGGGUUGUUACAUAGAAUCCCAUCAAUAACUGCGCUUGGGAAACUCAGGAGAAAAUGUGCCUUACUGAAGUGUAUAUUUAGUGAGCAGACUAUAAAACAGUGGUAGAGUUCUGUUACCUAUUCAAAGUAGCGUGGCGCUACAAAGUAACCAGUUGCUGCUAUCAUGCGGAAAAUACAAAAUAAUCUGCCUCUGUAGUAUUUUACAUAAACAUUUUAAGAUGAGCUCUACAUUAUUUGCACUAUCAUGGCCAGAUUUACUGCUUAGGAGGCCUGAUUCAGCUGACCCCUGAUUCACUAGCUCUCUGUGCAUUAUGUGUGUAGUAAGACCCCAUGUUUUUGCUGUGGUAGUGUCCAAGGGUCCCCACAAUUUACACAAUUUGUAAAGAAACAUUGUAGCUCCAUAUUUAAAAGCUGUUGAAGAGCAGCACUUAAACAGUUUAAUUGCUUCAUAUCUCCACUGUUAUAAUAAUAAUAAGAAGAAGAACAAUAAUAAUAAUAAUAAUAACAAUAAUAGCAAUAAAAAAUUUAAAUGUCUCUUCACUGGAUCUAAGGGGCCCAGUAAAUCACAACAGUUGCCUCAAGGUGCUUUAUAUUUUCGGGUAAGGACCCUACAAUAAUACAGAGAAAACCUCAACAAUCAGACCCCCUAUGAGCAAGCACUUUUGCGACAGUGGGAAGGAAAACCUCCCUUUAAACAGGAAGAAACCUCUGGUUUUGCCAGAGGUCAGGGAGGGGCAAAUAUCUGCAGUGCUGCAGCCAGAGGUUAAUAACUAAUGAUUAUCAAUCUUCCACAGAACUUGACAGUUGACACAUUGCAGUCAGCCAGGUAACGUUCUCCUGGAAUUUGCCAAACCCAGACUAAUCAGUCUGGCUCCCUGAUUGAAAAGUUUCAUUCUUCUUCCAUAAUUCUGUGAUAAUUAUAGGGUCUUUAUCAUAUAAUAUGUGAUAGUGACUUGAGGUGACUGUUGUUGUGAUUUGGUGCUGUGUAAGUAAAACCUAAUUGAAAAGGGCCAAAACUAAUUUUGGUUAAGCGUUUUUUUCUUUUCUUUUUUAAUUUUAUUAGUUUUUAAAUUAAUAGAAUAUAUAAAAAUGUAAGGAAUCAUACAUAUUUAGAAUGUAAAAUUAUAAAGUUAUAGUUAGGUUAACUUUAGGUUAUAGUUAGUGCAUUUUGGUAUUGAAGGAUACUGUUUCCUCAGUAUCACCAGAAAAAAAAUCUUAAGUCACUCAUGCCUCACCAUGUUGAAUCAGUUGUCCUUACAACGUAUCAGUUUUCUGUAACACAAAUCAAAUGAACACAAACUAGUUGCUACACAGUAAGUUUGGGGUUGUUGGGGACCCUGUAGCAAGUAAUCAAGUAAUUGCAUAAUUGAGUAACUGAGUAAGUCUCUGUGUGUGUGUGUGUGUGUGUGUGUGUGUGUGUGUGUGUGUGUGUGUGUGUGUAGACAUACUGGGUUUCCUAAACAGCUGGAGUACAUCACAUAUUUUAUCUACUUUAAUACUGUCUGUUUCACAGGAGACGUCAUCUAACGCUUCACUUUUUAUCUUUUUUUAAUCUUACGCUAUGAUAAAAAUGAAAAAUGAAAGCUUUAUGUUCUUACAGUUUCUCUUGCAUGUCAGAGCAAAAAUCCUUAAAGUUUAAACACAUUGCAGGUUUUAUGCUCAUUACAGUUUUUAAGACAUUUUUAUUUCUCUUUACAAUCAGAUCCUGUCUUUUGAGUUUUUUAAUGUUUAUGAUUUUGUACACAAAACUUUUUGAGCUUCACUUUUUGAGAGUUGGAUUCAAGAGGUUCUUUCAUGCUACAAAAGCAUAUUGCCACAUAUCAAGAAUAUGUGGCACUAUUCUUAAUAGUUCCCCUCAAUGUGAUCAAUUUUUCAUAUUCAUAUUUCAAAGUCUAUUGAGUGUAUUAGUGAAAUAGUAAGAUCUUUGCACUAUUAAUUUAUUAUUAAUUCAAAGAUUUUCAUUAGACUGUAAUUUUGAUUAUAACAUGAAUAUAGUGUGAUUUCCCUUGUACUUUAAAUUUUUUGCUUGUUUGAUGUCUUUGGGAUGGGGUGGGGAUGGGUUAUUGGGUCUGGGGGCGUAUUUAUUGCUAUUUCAAAGGUCAGGAAUCUGCUUUCUUACACUGCUGUAUACUUUGAAGUUACAGUUUUGCUAAUGUAUUCAUAAGCUUCAAAAUAAAAUAAAAAAUAAACCAUUCAAACUGUAA